UGUCUACAGUGACGGUCGAGGCAGUUCUCGGGCGAACGGCGACCUUGCCGUGUGACAUCGAACCGGAGGAGCUGAACGAUCGGGUGUACAUGGUGCUGUGGUUUCGGGAAAGCGCAGGCAAACCUUUGUACAGCUACGACGUUCGGGGGAGACAAUUCUCCAAGGCCCUGUACUGGUCGGAAACGAGCGCCUUCGGACCGAGGGCGUACUUUGUGACGAUCUCGAAACCGGCCGCCCUCAGCGUGGACAACAUCCAGCUCGAUGACGAAGGGGUGUACCGGUGCCGGGUGGAUUUCCAGAACUCGCCCACAAGAAAUCAUCGCAUCAACCUAACCGUAACCGUGCCACCGCAUCAGAUACUCGUGUACGACGCGUCCGGGCUGGACGUGACCGGUGCCAUCGGGCCGCUGCAGGAGGACGACAACCUGGUGCUUACCUGUGAGGUCCGCGGAGGCCUGUUCGGUGCCUCUGGCUCAACACUGCCGAUCACUUGGGCUAAUUUUACGGCACAAGUAGAUGGCUAA